CGAAGCCAAGACGGAGUGACGCCAUUUCGCUCUUCGUAUUUUUCGUACCUUUCGUUGGGUGUGCAGCCAGUUGCAGUAGACGUAGUGGGACUUCCACAAAUCUCAAGAACGUUCUACUCUAACUGCAAUCGCUUGGCAGAGCCGUGUGGUUUUCUCCUACGUUUAAUUGACUAUCCAGAAAACUGAGCCAGUGCAGUAUGUCUAACGGAAACGGAGAUCACGACGACGAGGGCUACGUAGUUAAGUUGCGAGGACUUCCCUGGUCUACCACUGUCGACGAAAUCAUGAAAUUCUUUAGCGAUUGUAGUAUUUCUCACGGUAAGGCCGGUAUUCACAUGACCAUGUCACGCGAAGGCCGUCCUAGCGGAGAAGCAUACAUCGAGAUGGAAACCGAGGAAGACAUCGAGAAAGCUUGUAAAAGGGAUAGAGAUCAUAUGGGACAUCGGUACAUCGAAGUUUUCAAAGCAAAACGAGGUGAAAUGGAAUGGGUCGUAAAGAGAAGUGGUUUAAAUUUGGAAAAUGCCAUGGACGACGGCUGUGUCAGGCUACGUGGGUUGCCGUUUGGCUGCUCUAAAGAGGAAAUAGCUCAAUUCUUCUCAGGGUUGGAGAUAUUGCCGAACGGGAUUUCGCUACCGACAGACUACACGGGCCGCAGUACUGGGGAGGCUUACGUUCAAUUUGUUAACAAAGAUGUUGCGGAGCGCGCUCUGCAGAAACACAAGGAAAAGAUAGGACACAGAUACAUUGAGAUAUUCCGAAGCAGUCUGUCAGAAGUCCGCGCCAGUAUCGGACCGAAAAUGCGCGGAGGUCCGAUGGGCGGUUUCAACCAGAGGCCUGCCCCUUACGAUCUCAGCGACAGAUUCGGUGGGAUGAAUCGCUACAGCAGCAACGGAAGGGCUUCUAGGAGCAGGGAUUUCGACGGAGGCUUGUGGGGCAGUGGCAACAGUUUCGGAUCUCGCAGCAGCAGUAUGGGGAUGCGAGGUGGAUUGGACAUGAAAGGCGGAAGUUUCCGGAGCAGCGGCGACAAUUGGACCGGAAGUUCGGGCGUGCAUUGCAUACACAUGCGCGGACUACCGUUUAGAGCUACCGAGCAGGAUAUAGCGGAUUUCUUCAGACCCAUCGUUCCCGUUAAUAUUCGGAUUAUUCUCGAGGACAGCGGCCGCGCAUCCGGGGAAGCCGACGUGGAGUUCGCCACGCACGAGGAGGCCGUUAAAGCGAUGCUCAAGGACAAGAGUCACAUGUCUCACAGAUAUAUCGAGUUGUUCCUCAACUCUACGAACAGCUCGAGCGGCGGCGGGGGCGGCGGCAUGUCGCUGGGUGGCAUCGGAAACUUCUGUGGAGUCCGCUUUUCUCGUCCAGGUUUGAGCAACAGCUUCAGGUCGGGCUACUCUCCCAGCAGCCGUGGAUACAGCAGCCAGCUCGGGGGGAGUAAUUACAAUAGUUUCUGAGACAGAUCUCGGCAGUUUUUCAUUAACCGGCGAUAAAAAAUUGCCAAAAUUCAAAGUACUGAAAUCGACGUUGCAAUCGUAAGUGGGACGACUUUUGGCAAAGCCGGGGUAACUACUUACAAUGUUAGUUACAACGAAGGACGAAGAACCCUCGUAAUGGCAUCACUCUUACGGAAGAGAGCAACCGGGUAACGCGGUGCUCGGCCGAAAAAUCGUCCGAGUUAAUGCUGUAAACGUGUAUAUUACACCAAAAAGAAUGAUGCUGCAACUAGAGUGGAUUCAAGUUACGAAGCAGUUGUGCUCUAAUUUCUUGGUCGUUAGAGGAAACAGAUAGGUAUUAAUGUUAAGAUGAAGUAACGUUAAGGUAGACCUAUAGUUGGUAAGAAUCAUUUUCCAUGGAAUUUAGUGUAACGGAUAUGUACGUGUAUGCUCGACGAGGAAACUCGUCGAUAUAGGUAUGAAACGAGAAAACGAACCUCACGUUGAAAUUCUAUGUCUGAAUUGGAGAAAGGCGCGAUUUUUGUUUCGAGUACGUCUUACGUAAAUGGUUUGUCGAAGGAGCCGCGAGGUACGUCUAUUUGAAAAUCGAUUUUUCGAUUAUGUAAAAUAUCCCCGAAAGCCGGUUAGGAAAUAACUCGUCGUUUUUCAUCCUUACGUAAGCGGGCGACCUUUAGGAAAUUUUCUCUCGUUCCAGAUUCGAAUAAUCUUCGGGCGAUUAUUUUGCGACUUUGGAAUUGGGUCGCCUCGUAGGAAGGUUUUAUGUACAAGGGUAUGCGAUUUAAUACUAAAGCUCGAUCACACACCGACAGCGUAUAAUUUUCUCGUUACACUUCUUACACCUUGAAGGAAUCUCUCUCAACGUUUUUCAAAUCAGGGCUGACUGGUUAUCGGGGUGAUUACGACCGUAGCGGCGGAAUUCUACUUCGAUUUAGCGAUGUCAACUUAACUGAUAUUCAUUGAUGGUAGCCUUAGAUUAAAUACGACUAAGACUUAUUUAUUUCCUACUAGCGGACGUUCGUUUCGGUUACAUAAGAAGUGUUCUUCACCUUUGUUGCGGUAAAGAUGCGGUUACGCUUGUUGCGAAUAGUCGCGCUCCUUAAAGUUUAACGUUUUAUACCUGAAAGAAGAAAAGAUAUUUGGGGAUCCGAUAGGUCUUGGUCCGAGGGAAACCGCGAUGGUCUCUUCAAGGUAAGAAUCGGUGUCGGAGCAGACAAUGUGUAGUCAUUGUGAAUUGUACUUUCCUGAUAAAUAAAUAUUAAGGAUUUAGAAAGGCGAAUUGGAUUGCAGUCUUAAUCGUGCCUUUGGGAAAACCAACGCAAGGCGAGGAAGAUACGGCGAAGAUCUUUUUCGCGAUGACGCACCCACCGUAAACAAUUUCGACCAGGGGCCGAUUUCCCGACUGUUCGCUGAUAAGCGAACCCCCACGAAGUUUCGAUAUCCACAUUGAAACGUUCCCAAUUUAUGGACCUUUCGGAGCUCAUUAGCGCUGUAAAUUUGUACACGUGUCUGGGAGAGCUUGACAAAAGUCAAUUACUCAACCGGACGGUGCCAUUGACUUUUGCCGGAGAUUGCGCCGCUAGUCAUGCGAUUCCGAUUGGUAACGUCUGAAUGUUACACCCAGACCUUGUUCGUUAAGAAAACUAUUAUUACGAAUAAAUUAUCUGUCAGGCUCCCGCUAGAUAGCGCAAAUUUUCCCUUGGACUAUGCUAUCGGCAUAGUGUAUAGACACCCAGUAAGCAGCGACUGCUCGACACGUGGGCGCGGUCGACGCGGUGCGUGUCUCGAAAAGGCUCAGCGUCCUUGGGAACGUCAGUUUAAUUGUUCCGAUCGACAAGUAACCUGUAACCGGGAUCACCUUACCCAGCAUGGACGUUAAGGCGUUCCUCUUGGCUGGUGUUACUAUCGCACGAUCUCGCCCACUCGUAAUCGUCUAAUCGCAAGUAUAAUAUCGUAAACGGUCCUUAAUCACCGGAGUGACGGUGCAGUCGCACCGAUAACACCCGAGAUACUCCCGUCCGUGCUCCCUUCGGCAAUUGAAAUAGGAUCCGAAGCCUCGAGGGGUAAACAGCGAGAUCUUUCGUCGUCUUUGAGGAGGGAUAUAUCUCUGAGAAUCAAGGGAAUCGUGAACGAAGAAAUCUCCAGGAUCUUCGAAAGGGCUUUGCCCUCUUGACACACACGAGCGACUGAUCGGCGGGAGAAG